UGCGAAGGCUCCCGGGAGCGGGCGGCGCGGGGCGAGCGCGGCGAGCGGACGGCGGCGGGGCCUCUCGGGCCGCCCGCGUGGCCGAGCGGCGCGGGUGCCGAGCAUGGCGGGCUCCCUGCCUCCCUGCGUGGUGGACUGCGGCACCGGGUACACCAAGCUUGGCUACGCAGGCAACACUGAGCCCCAGUUCAUUAUUCCUUCAUGUAUUGCCAUCAGAGAGUCGGCAAAGGUAGUUGACCAAGCCCAGAGGAGAGUGCUGAGGGGCGUUGACGACCUGGACUUUUUCAUAGGGGAUGAAGCCAUAGAUAAACCCACGUACGCCACAAAGUGGCCAAUAAGACAUGGAAUAAUUGAAGACUGGGAUCUUAUGGAAAGGUUCAUGGAACAAGUGAUUUUUAAAUAUCUUCGAGCUGAACCUGAGGAUCAUUAUUUUUUAAUGACAGAACCUCCACUGAAUACGCCAGAAAAUAGAGAGUAUCUUGCAGAAAUUAUGUUUGAAUCAUUUAAUGUGCCAGGACUCUACAUUGCGGUUCAGGCAGUGCUGGCCUUAGCGGCAUCUUGGACGUCUCGACAAGUUGGCGAACGUACGUUAACAGGGAUCGUCAUCGACAGCGGGGAUGGGGUCACCCACGCUAUCCCAGUGGCGGAGGGUUAUGUAAUCGGAAGCUGCAUCAAACACAUCCCCAUUGCAGGUAGAGAUAUUACGUAUUUCAUUCAACAGCUGCUAAGGGAGAGGGAGGUGGGAAUCCCUCCUGAGCAGUCACUGGAGACCGCAAAAGCCAUUAAGGAGAAAUACUGUUACAUUUGCCCUGAUAUAGUCAAGGAAUUUGCCAAGUAUGAUGUGGAUCCCCGGAAGUGGAUCAAGCAGUACACGGGUAUUAAUGCGAUCAACCAGAAGAAGUUCAUCAUAGAUGUCGGCUACGAAAGGUUUCUGGGACCUGAAAUUUUCUUUCAUCCAGAGUUUGCCAACCCAGAUUUUAUGGAAUCCAUCUCAGACGUUGUUGAUGAAGUGAUACAGAAUUGUCCCAUCGAUGUGCGUCGCCCGCUGUAUAAGAAUGUCGUUCUCUCAGGAGGCUCGACGAUGUUCAGGGACUUUGGACGUCGACUACAGAGAGAUCUGAAAAGGGUGGUGGAUGCCAGACUGAAGCUCAGUGAGGAGCUCAGCGGGGGCAGAAUAAAGCCCAAGCCUGUGGAGGUUCAGGUGAUAACGCAUCACAUGCAGCGCUACGCCGUGUGGUUCGGAGGCUCCAUGCUUGCCUCGACCCCGGAGUUCUUCCAGGUCUGUCACACCAAGAAGGACUAUGAGGAGUAUGGCCCCAGCAUCUGCCGCCACAACCCCGUCUUUGGAGUCAUGUCCUAGUGUUUGCCUGACAUCCUCACCCGGUCGUGUCCUGCUGGUGAGCAAGUGUCCUUCAGAGCCCGGAGAAGACCGCAGCUCCUGUAAAUAGUGGCAUCUGGUGUUGGUGUCGAGAAGCGUGCUUGUGUCGCCGAGUGCAUGAGGCACCACCGAGUCAGUUCAGUCAAAGCCAUUUAUGUGCCCACGUUCGAUGCCCAUUCCUUCUUCCCCCACUCCCCUCCUGUUGCCCUGCUCUCUCUCCUCCUCGCCUCCUGAGCUUCUAGCUGACAAAUAUAAUUCUGAAGGAAUUCAACUGCGACUUUGAAAACUGUUAGGAAAAAUCCCUAGAACACGGCGCAAAAUAGAUCCCCCCGGAAGGAAUAUGGGGCUGUGAACCCUCUUCCUCCCAGCCUAUUUUUGUAAAUAAAAUGUUAUAGACUUGAAAUACAAAUUGAUGUUUAUAUUUCCUAUCAUUUUGUAUUUUAUGGUAUUUGGUACAACUGGCUGAUACUAAGCACGAACAGAUAUCGGUGUCCGGAGUGCUGUCAUAAAACGUUUGUAAUCGUGAGGCAUGUUCUGAUGUGUUUGUAGGCAAAGAAAACAGAGCAAACUUUUUUGCCACGUUUGCUAGAACAUGAUUACACUUUACUGGAGUGACAUGAAGUUUAAACACUAAACAGUAUUGUAUGAGAAUUAUUACAGAUAAUGUAUCUUUUGUUUUCUUGUUUGAACUUUCUGGAACUGUUUUAUAGAAGAUGUUGGUUUGCUGUUGGUGAGUGUUGGAUGAAAUGCCACCUUGCACAUAAUAAUAAAAGCAGUGAGACUCUUUA